AAUUCCUCACUCUUUUCCGUUUUUUAGGUGAUUCGUUGAAUUUGGCUAUCAUGGCUGUUGAAAAAGUCAUAUCUGAUUCUCCCGUCGUUGGGGAAAAAGGCGUAAUGGCUGAUGAAAACGCUCCUACGAAAGAAACCUUCACUGCAACGGGUGAAGAAUAUGAGCAGGAUGAUUUCAUGACGAGGACGGGAUUGAACGCUAAGUCUUUUACGAGGAAGCAUUAUGGACUUGGGCUUGUGGAAUUGGAUCGCAAGAUGAAGCCGAGACAUCUUCAGAUGGUUGCUAUUGGAGGAUCGAUUGGUGCUGGGUUCUUCGUUGGGUCUGGUUCGGCUUUGAGUAAAGGUGGCCCUGCUACGUUGUUUAUCGACUUCUUCCUCGUUGGAGUCAUGGUUUUCAAUGUUGUCUACGCAAUGGGUGAACUAGCCGUCAUGUAUCCCAUCUCUGGCGGUUUUUACACGUAUGCGGCUCGUUUCAUCGACCCGUCUUUUGGUUUCGCCAUGGCGUGGAACUACACUCUUCAGUGGGCUGCUACACUUCCUCUCGAACUCACCGUCUGCGCUAUUACUAUCCAGUACUGGUCUCCUGACAUCUCCCCCGGAGUCUGGAUCGCCGUGUUUCUCGCUGCUAUUACCAUCCUCAACAUGUUCGGCACGUUGGGAUACGCCGAGGAGGAAUUCUGGGCGGCGUGCUUCAAACUCACAUCGAUUUCUAUCUUUAUGAUAAUCGCACUGGUGCUGGUUUGUGGCGGGGGUCCGUCGAGUGGGAGCUACGAUACGUAUCAGGGCUUUAAGCUAUGGCAUGACCCUGGUGCUUUCAAGAACGGAUUUAAGGGAUUUUGCUCUGUUUUCGUAACAGCGGCGUUUUCAUUUGCGGGCUCGGAACUUGUGGGUUUGGCAGCUGCUGAGUCUCGAAAUCCUACUGCUUCGGUUCCUGCAGCUAUCAAGCAGGUCUUUUGGAGAAUCUGCUUGUUUUACAUUGUUGCGCUGCUGUUCGUUGGAUUGUUGAUCAGCUGCAAUGAUGAGAAUCUUCUCAGCUCGAGUUCUUACUCCAACAGCGCAGCUUCGCCAUUCGUUCUUGUUGGAAAAUAUUCCGGCCUCAAGGGUCUCGAUCACUACAUGAACGCCGUCAUCCUCUCAUCCGUCUUAUCCCUCGGCAUCGCCUCAGUGUAUGGCGGAUCGCGCACACUUCUUGCCCUUGCGCAGCAGGGUUUUGCGCCAAAGAUCUUUACUUGGGUUGAUCGAGCGGGUCGACCUUUACCGUCUGUUGGAUUCAUCAUUGCUUUUGGAUGCCUUGCUUUCUUGAACCUUGAUGCAGCUGGUCCUGUUAUUUUUGACUGGCUUUUGGCUUUGUCGGGAUUGGCCAUGCUUGUUUGCUGGGGAUCGAUCUGUCUUGCGCAUAUUCGAUUUAGAGCGGCGUGGAAGUAUAAUGGACAUACGCUCGAUGAAAUCCCGUUCAAGGCUAUUGGUGGCGUUUGGGGAUCAUGGUUGGGGUUGAUCUUUGUUGUUGUCAUUCUCAUUGCUCAGUUCUACGUGGCCAUUGUCGCCCCUGUUGGCGAGUCCGGAAUGGGUACUGUUGAGGAUUUCUUCAUGCAAUAUCUUGGACUCCCUAUUGUGCUGGCUUUCUGGGCUGGAGGAUAUCUCUGGAAGAGGACAAGUUGGAUCAGCAUUGAGAAGAUUGAUAUCGAUACGGGCCGACGUGAACAUGAUUGGGAGGCUAUCAAUGCUUGGAGGACAGAGCUCGCUACGUUUCCCUGGUGGAAGCGAUUGAGGAACUGGGCCUUUCAGCUCAAUCGCACUGCUACCACGGCUCCGAAUCUCAAAGAGAUUCAAUUACAAGCUAAUAUGGACACUACCAUGAACAACGCAGACCCGCAGUCAUAUUCUGACUUCCCAUGGGACUCACUAAUCGACACAUUUCCUUUCCUAACCAACCAAGCCUACCAAGCACUAUCCAUCCAACUAGAAUUCUUUCGCAAUAUGGGCACCAUGAACCUCUCUCUUCCUGAAGAUGCUAGCGCAAAAGAAAUAUUGAAGACAAUCCUCGAUAAAGCAAAACUCGUCAAUGAACUGAUGUCCAUUUUGACUCACAGCUCUGAACUUCUCAUUGAGUUGAAGAAUAUGGAAUAUGACGAGAUGGUCGAUGCAAGGAGAGAGGAAGUCAGCAGCAUGAUUGAUGAGGCGGGGGAGAAUAUUGAAAAGGUUAUUACUAUGCAGAAAGAGGAAGUUGAGAGAGGACUGAGGCAGGAAGUUGCUGAACCGGGACUGGCGGAAGUCCAGGAUCAACAAAGACGUACAGAACAGGAAAUGCUUUUGCAACAAAGGAUUAGUGAGCUAGGUUUGGGAGCUCCAGGACCUUCAGAAACACGGAUACCGUCUGUGCAGCCACCAGCUCACCAGCAAAGUCAUUUGCCACAACAACGCACUAUACCACAGCAAAUUCCAGGGCUUCACCAUGCUUCUUCUGCACUACCAACGGGAAAUCAAGGAUACAAUCCAGUACCACUACACAACCCAGUUCCGGCACAUAGCCAGGCACCAGGACAUGGUCAACUUCCAGGGCAUGCUCAAAUUUCAGGACAUGGCCAGGUCCCAGCAUGCCCCCUCCCUCAAACAGUCCCCAUACAGAGACGAGAUAGCGUAUACACCGAAACAAGCACCACAAGCUCUGAUGACUCUGAGAUUCUCAGAAUGAUGGAUAAGGAGCUGAAGAAGCAAAAACAAAAAGACAGAGCUGCCAAGAGAAUGGCAAAGAUGAAGAAAGAGCGGGAGAGGGGCGACUUUUGUAGUAGUAAAUGUCAUAUUUCUCAACAGGAUGUCUUGUUCUACAAGUGCAAGUGGGCACCCUGA